GACAUCCAGUGGAAGUGAAGGGGGCGCUGGAAGAAGGGGCGGUAUAUAUAGAUGGACAGAAACUCCCACCAGCGUUAUCAGACGAAGUGUCUCUGGCGUCAACAUGAAGCAUCUUGUGGUGAUUUUCGCAUCUGUGUUUGUGGCAGCAGAAUGUGCCUUGCUCCAGGGCUAUAACUUGCCCACCCCCGGAUCUUCCUCUGGAUUUACCCACGGUUCAGGAGGGUCCAUCGGAGGUUCAGGAGGGUCCUUCGGAGGUUCAGGAGGGUCCUUCGGAGGUUCAGGAGGGUCCUUCGGAGGUUCAGGAGGGUCCUUCGGUGUUACGGGAGGAGGAAGUUUUGUAUCUACUGGUGGUUCUGUAUCUGGAGGGUUUGGACAUGGAUCCAUCUCUUGUGGUGAUGGACAGGUCGCCCACGGAGGGAGCUGCGUAACUCCUCAAGUGGAACGCAGUGUCUACGUCUACGACGUCCCUGCACAGCCCAGACCCGUCGGCCCUACCCCUAACAUCCCAGCACCAAAGGUCGAGCACAACAUCGUCUUCGUGCGCCUUCCAGAGGGCGCUGCAGGACAGGAGCCUAUUGUGGUUCCUCCACCCCAGCAGAAGAACAUCGUCUAUGUCCUCAACAAGGCAACUGCAGUCGGUGGACAGAAGGUCAUCCAAGUUCCAGCACCACCCAAGAGCCAGCCUGAAGUCUACUUCGUCAACGUCGGCGACGGCCAGAACCCAACUCUUCCAGGAGGCGUUGAUCUUCAGAGUGCCCUCAGCAGCGCUGUCCACCAGGGAGUCGGUCAGGUCAUUGGAGGUACUGGGGGAUCAGGCAUUGGUGGCGUCUCUGGAGGAUCAGGCAUUGGUGGCGUCUCCGGAGGAUCAGGAGGAGUUGCAUUUGACAGUGGAUUCGGAGGUGGACUUACUGGAGGUGUUUCCGGUGGCGUUGUCAGUGGUGGUGACAGCUUCGGCAGCGUCUCUGUCGGUGGUGGUGACAGUUUCGGCAGCGUCUCUGUCGGUGGUGGUGACAGCUUCGGCAGCGUCUCUGUCGGUGGUGGUGACAGCUUCGGCAGCGUCUCUGUCGGUGGUGUCGGUUCUUCAGGCAGCGUCUCUGGAGGUGGUGCCCCAAGUGGCCUGUACUCCCCUCCUUAAAUGUAUAAGUAAUGUUCAAUAUAUCACACUUGUAAAGUCUUCUCUCUCUCGCUCUUGUAAUCAUCAUAAGUAUGUGUAAAUGUAAGUUAACGAUAAUUAUUUGAAGAACAUAAUAUAUUUGAUCAGAGUUGUGGAUAUUUAUCGAAUACAGUAUCUCAUCAUCAA